AUGGCGGCGGCUGCGUGAGUGGGGGUGGACGGAGGGAGGCGAAGGCCCGGCCCGGCCGCUGCGGGGGGUCCGGCGUCGCGGGCGCCCAACGCCGCCGUCGCUGCCCGCCCCCCCCCCCGGGGCUCUAGGAUGGUAAAAUGACCCAGGGGGGGAAGAAGAAGAAACGCGCCGUGAACCGCAGCAUCAUGUUGGCCAAGAAGAUCAUCAUUAAGGACGGCGGGACGCCUCAAGGAAUAGGUUCACCUAGUGUCUACCAUGCUGUUAUAGUGAUAUUUUUGGAAUUUUUUGCUUGGGGACUCCUAACAGCACCUACUCUGGUGGUUUUGCAUGAAACCUUCCCAAAACAUACAUUUCUAAUGAAUGGUCUAAUUCAAGGAGUAAAGGGUUUAUUAUCAUUCCUCAGUGCCCCACUCAUAGGUGCCCUGUCUGAUGUGUGGGGACGAAAGUCCUUCUUGCUGCUAACAGUGUUUUUUACCUGUGCACCAAUACCACUAAUGAAGAUCAGUCCAUGGUGGUACUUUGCUGUUAUUUCUGUCUCUGGAGUUUUUGCAGUGACUUUUUCUGUGGUUUUUGCGUAUGUAGCAGACAUAACCCAAGAACAUGAAAGAAGUAUGGCCUAUGGGUUGGUUUCAGCAACUUUUGCAGCGAGUUUGGUUACCAGCCCUGCUAUUGGUGCCUACCUGGGUCGAGUCUAUGGAGACAGUUUGGUUGUAGUCCUGGCUACAGCAAUAGCCUUGUUGGACAUUUGUUUUAUCCUUGUUGCUGUGCCCGAAUCGCUGCCAGAGAAGAUGAGGCCAGCAUCCUGGGGAGCACCUAUUUCUUGGGAACAGGCUGACCCUUUUGCAUCACUGAAGAAGGUUGGCCAGGAUUCAAUUGUGCUGCUAAUCUGCAUAACAGUCUUUCUUUCCUACCUCCCAGAGGCAGGUCAAUAUUCCAGCUUCUUUCUAUACCUCAGACAGAUAAUGGGAUUCUCAUCUGAAAGUGUUGCAGCCUUUAUAGCAGUCCUCGGGAUUCUUUCCAUUAUUGCACAGACAAUAGUUUUGAGUUUACUUAUGCGAUCCAUUGGAAAUAAAAACACCAUCCUACUGGGUCUGGGAUUUCAAAUACUGCAACUUGCGUGGUAUGGCUUUGGCUCAGAACCUUGGAUGAUGUGGGCAGCUGGAGCUGUUGCAGCCAUGUCCAGUAUUACUUUCCCAGCUGUAAGCGCACUAGUUUCCCGAACUGCUGAUGCUGACCAACAGGGGGUUGUUCAAGGUAUGAUAACAGGAAUUCGAGGACUCUGUAAUGGCUUGGGACCAGCACUUUAUGGUUUUAUAUUCUAUAUAUUUCAUGUUGAACUGAGUGAACUCCCAAUGCCUGAAACACCAUCAGGAGGUGGUGUGGCCACGCAGUACCACUUACAGCAGAAUUCUAUAAUUCCUGGACCCCCAUUCCUCUUUGGAGCAUGCUCUGUGCUGUUGGCUCUGCUUGUUGCCUUGUUUAUUCCCGAACACACCAACCUAACUGUACGGUCCAGCAACUGGAAAAAACACUGUGGCAGUCAUGGCCAUCCCCACAGUCCACAAGCUCCUGGUGAAGCUAAAGAACCAUUACUGCAAGACACAAAUGUAUGACAAAUAAUCCAGGAAGACUUUUUAGAAUUUUUCAUCAGCAGUUUGGGAUACACAUUCCAUUUCCAUCAAAAAUGUAAUUUCUUAAGGUAAUCUUAAGAAAAAUCUUUCUGCAUGAAAUCUGUAGGGAUUACAAGAAAACCAGAAGUUUCUCUAGAGAUGUUGCCAUUAAAUUAACAAUUUGCUUUAAAAAAGAAAAAAAAAUAAGCAUUUGUCUCUUGCCAUGAAACUGUUACUAUUAAACUUUACAUCCUAGUUCAGAGACUUUAAAAAAAUAUAUAUAUAUACACAUAUAGUCAACAUGUGAGCAUGUGUCCUGUUUCCUUAAGGUGGUGAGCUUUAAUUCCUAUCCCAUGCUAAGUCUCAAUGAGACAUACUAGCAUCCAUGUGGACCCAUUCAUUUUAAUGUUGUAAAAUCUUGGGUCAGAUGAUUCAAAGCCUUAAUGUAAAUGUACUCAAGUAGGGAAAAGGUGAAUUGGUAU